AGCAAAUGAGAUGGCAAGUAAAAAUCGAGCUGAAUAAUAUUUGUUAUCGCCAACAAACAAGGAUGAUGAGUUAGCAUACGGGAAGAAGAAGGCGAAGAUGGCCCAAUUUCCUGCUCUACUCGCACGGCAACAACGCUCCCCAUCAUCUGUUUCAUCAGCAGCAGCAAAGACCAAAACAAAGUACUCUUAAGCUCACCACCACCAAACCAACACCAAGAACCACGUAUAACAAGUUCAACGUUAUUAUUAUUAUUAUUAAUUCUUCUCGCAUAUCCUCUCAUGAUAAGAUAAGUUAGGUAACCCCACUGCUGACACCCCCUGGUCUCCUCUUCUUCCAGCCAACUAAUUUUAUAACCACCACCACCAGCAGUUUUGUUGUUAUUGGGCAGUAAAGUGGCCACCUUAAAAAACGGACGACGUACUUAAUGUUAAGCUUCAGUUUAUUUAUUUGUGCUGGGUAGUUAACCUCAAAUAUAAUUAUUUUGAUGUGGGUGCAGUUUUAUACGAGUUCUGAACAAUUGUGUGAGGUGUAGUAAAUGCGUGCAAUGAGCUGUGUGGUUUAGCUGCAGAUGAUACAAUACUCUUUGGUUUUUAACUACGUCGCAGUAUAAAUAAACGUUAAGGAUUUAUAUUGUUAUAUUAGUUGGCUUAUCCAUUAUUUUGCCCUCAGUCAGCUGCUGGAGAGGGAAGGAUCGUUAGUAAAUCUUGAAUUGUUAAAGUAUCAAAAAACUCUACCUAUCACGCAAAUCGUAUUAUUAGUAGGAUUCUUUAUUAUUAUUACGCGUUCCUUUGUGUCAGAGAUUUCCACUGAAAUUGUUUCAAGAGAAAACUUUGCAUGUGGAUUUCUCGAUUUAAUGUACAAUAUAUAAUUAACUGUAAGAAAUAUCGAGAGCCAGAAACGUAUAUUAAAUUGUAAUUUGACGUUUAUCAAUUUUCUUUAAUUAUACAUUGAGCAAUAACAUUGUGAUUGGUGCUAAAAGUAUAUAUUAUAUAUAUAAUACAAGCAAAUAAGUAGUAUAAAUUUAGUAAGUUAGUUAGUUAGUUGUGGGGAACAUUUUUGGUGCUGUUGGGGAUCUUGGAAAUUUGGGAAAGUAAUAAAAGGGGUAAAAAUGUCGGCGGACAGUUUGCGAAAGGGUGUUAUCAUCACGAACACGAAGGUGCCUGGGCACACGGUGAGGCCUCAGCCCGUGAGUGAGAAGACCUUCAUGGAAAGUGUGGCUGGGCUUAUCAACGAAGUCGGACUUACUCCCCAGCCAUAUGGUCAUGCGGAGGACGCCGAGAACAUGGUCACCUGGGCAAAGUUUGAAGUUCUCAAGGUAUCGGAUUUGAAAGGUCUUCAUGGUGGACAAUGGAAAUCGGACAACCUUCAGCGCCAAGUGCCCCCUCUCCUCCUCGCGGUUGGGUAUCCGAGUGGGGUUCAAAUAUGGACAAUCAACGUGACUGGAGAGGCGAACGAGAUCUUAUCAUGGAAACGACCCCAACUAAAGCAGUUUCAACUCCUUCCCACCCCGAAGAAUGAAGAGAGAGAUCAUCACAAGAAUUCCAGGCCGAUAGCUGCAAUUUGCGAAGGAUCCAACUACCUCACCUUUUUCUCACUCAAAACCGGAGAGUCGAUAAAGAGUUCCAAGUUUAUUCAGUGUGUGCUGGACAUUGUGGUCAACCCGGUUGCAAUUGCGGUGUCAUUCCUUGACAAGAUCAUCAUAGUGGAUCCCUACACGCUGGACACGAAGGUUACCAUCUCACAGUUAGGAACAGUCCCCACUGCUCCCACGCAUAACCCCAUGUCACUAGGACCCACCUGGUUGGCUUACACGGAUCGACGACUAUUCCCCCGCUAUCAAUCCGGCGGAGGAAUGGAAAUGUCGGGAAGUUUGUCGUACACUGCAUCCAUGCUUUACGCAGCAAAGAGCUUGACCAAAGGUUUGAAAGGGUUGGGAGAAACUGUUGCGAGCAGCAUUACGGGAAAUCGACCUGCUGGACGGAACGAGAACGUGGCCCCAGAACCAGGAAUUGUGACCAUUAUUAAUUUAACAGAGUUGAAAUCUGGAGAGUUUUGUUUGAGUGAUACGUCAACAGGCAACUCGGCAAUGCAUGCUCCAGUUAUUGCUCACUUUAUUGCACAUCGACAAAGUCCUGUAACCUCUUUGAGCUUUGAUCCCUCAGGAAUGCUCCUUGUGACAGCGGAUAAGCAAGGCCAUGACUUUAACGUCUUUCGAAUUCACCCUCACCCACUAAGCUCAGCGCUUGGGAGUGUUCAACACUUGUACAUUCUCCACCGAGGGGACACAGUGGCAAAAGUUCAAAAUAUUUCCUUCGCACCAGACUCCAGGUGGGUGGCUGUGAGCACGCUUCGUGGGACUACACAUGUCUUUCCAAUCACUCCCUACGGUGGUCCCAUCAGUGCUCGCACUCACAACUCUCAUAAGGUCGUGAAUCGGCUGAGCAGAUUCCACAGGACCGCGGGUCUAGACGAUGCUGGAACGUCGGGACGACACAGCCCAGUUCCAGUUACUACCUUUGGAAGCAACCCAUCUUCGACAACCGUGGUCACCGCAAUUAAGACCACCGAGUUGUCACAAUCCACAAAUUCAUUCUCACCCCCAACCAACCUGGCUCAUCCCAUAACGAUUCCCCCCAUGGCACAGUUACGACAAGACACCUCCGGCCUGACUUCCACCUCCUCACCAAGAUCUUCUCCUCCAGUGUCAAAGGCAAAAACUUUUCUUCAGGAGGAACGGUCCAUCGUGGUUUCAACAUUCGCAGAGGCAAGAAGUCAACCACUCUUCAACCCAGCAGUCGUUCCGGGAUGUGAUAAACGGAAAAAGUCUGCUGUUGAUUCUCUAUUUGUGAUGACGUGUUUUGGCAACAUGAUUGAAUAUUUGUUGGAUCCCAAACCCUGCAUAGAUGCCCUUCAACGUAAUAGCUCACAUGGGAAAAUUUCCGAUGAUACGCCCAUUGAGUUGACCGUUCAUGCCAAAGCUCAGUGGAAGCUGAACAAACCAUCCUUCAUUAAAGAGCUUCAGCCCCCGCUUCAGGCGAAUAACAUGCUGAUUGUCAUGAAAUCUGCGUCGGAUCCUCAUCUAUCUGGCAAAAGUAUUCCCAAGGAUGAAAAUAUCGAUGAGCGUUGGUUGUCUCAGGUUGAAAUUACUACUCAUCAUGGUCCACAUCGACGUCUCUGGAUGGGACCUCAAUUUACCUUUAAGGUUUUUAACCCCUCAUUACUUCCUGGCAUGACGAAUAAAACAGGUGUCCAUGAUAUUGAAACGGUAGAAGUCAAUGUUACGAAUCGGCCAGCUAGAUCUAACCCUGUAAAUAUGCCCGUGUACUCAUCUUUACUGCCAUUCGUUAUUGAAGAUAGCUCAGGAAGUAGUUUAGAGCAGUCUCCUCGCCUUGUUGAUCCCUACUGUCAGUCCGAUGCAGUGGUUGUGAACAAUGAUUCCCACAUUAAAGAAAAUAUUGCCGAAGCAAUGAUGGAAAAUGCAAACCUGAAUUCACGUGAAAGCGGAGGCUGUCAAAGUCAAGGCGGGUUGGUUGGGAGUUGUGACGACCUCAGUUCAGGAAGUAGUAUUGAUUCUUCGAGUCAAACCUCUGGUGACGCUCCAUUAGCAUCUUCAUUCUGUAUAGAUGCUGGAUUUCCAUUUCCUGAUUAAGAGUGAUAACUUUACCUAUUACUUUGUUUUUAGUUUAAUCGAUUUCUAAGAUUUAAUUAAUCUAUUUUAUCAUGCGCAAACAUGUCAGCCGCAGUCCUUACUUUCGGUCAAAGUAAUAAUGUGAAUUGCAAUGUAUAUCUACAUUACCAAUUCUGUUUUAGCAAAAAUAAGUCAUGAAAAAUACAGCAAUGAAACAGUAAACCGUU